ACUCCAUUGACUAUUAUUUUGAGUGUGCCAAAUCUCUUUUUCACCAACUACACACCUGAAAACCCCUAGCUGUUUACAUCCCUAUUUACAUCCCUAUCUAUCCAAGUAUCACGACAUGACAACCAAAGACAGCGCUACGGUCGUAGUGUCUGAGUUUUCACCCAAUCUGGUCGAAGAACCUCCCGUUGUCGCCAAGCCCGAAAAAAGUAUCUUUCCAUGGGUUAACAAAAAGGCAAAUCCCACUGGACCCAAAGUCGCCUACCUUUCCCUUUACCGGCACGCAACUGCUUUCGAUAAAGUCCUAAUCACUAUUGGCGUGGUUUGUGCAAUGGUCAACGGUGCCAUUCUGCCUUAUAUGACUAUUGCGUUUGCAGACAUCAUGGAUGCAUUGAUUAUUUAUGACGGCACGCCUGCAGGUCUAAGCAAGCUAAACUCUACUGUUUCUGAUGGCGUGUUCCAGUUGGCAAUGAUAGGUCUUGGCGCUUUUGUAUUGUCGUACAUUCAAAUGAGUUUUUGGAUGCUGUCGGGCGAGAACCAAUCCAAGCGAAUUCGCGAACUUUAUUUCAAGGCUAUAUUACGUCAGGAGGUUGCUUGGUUUGACAAGACAUCGACAGGCGAACUCACUAGUCGUAUGAAUGCGGACACGACACUUAUUCAGGAAGGCAUGAGCGACAAAAUCGGUCUUAUUAUUCAAUCCUCGGCUGCUUUUAUAGCCGGUUUCGUUAUUGGCUUUGUCAAGGGCUGGAGACUUACCCUGGUACUUUGCGUGGCAGUGCCAAUUAUUGCUGGGUGCGCGAUGGUGUUAUCUGGCUUUAUCUCAGGAAAGUCUACUGAUCAACAAGAAGCAUAUGCUGAAUCAGGUGACAUAUCUCAACAGGCACUUUCUUCUAUGCGAACUGUUGCUGCCUUUGGUGGUGAAGACCGCGAGGCUGACCGGUACGCGAAGCAUCUUGACAGAGCAGAAGCCUUUGGUCUUCGAAUGGCUCUCUUCAACGGUCUAGGAAUUGGUAUUACACAGAUGGUUAUUUUCGACAUGUACGCUUUGGCAUUCUACUACGGUAAUACUCUUAUCCCGACAUUUAUGGGUCCAGGCGAGGUUGUCAAUGUAUUUUUUGCUAUUAUUAUUGGUGCAUUCUCACUUGGUAGUAUCGGUACCCAUCUUUUUGCCAUGGGUUCUGCCCAAGGUGCUGCGUACAAGAUUUUCGAAACAAUUGACCGUAUGUCGCCUAUCGACUCCUCAUCAGAUGCUGGCUUAAAACCCGAAUCAGUCAAGGGCACUAUCCAGUUUACCAACAUCAAGUUCCACUACCCAUCUCGUGAAGACGUUCCCAUUUUCAAAGACUUUACCCUGACUGUUCCCGAGGGAAAAACUGUUGCACUUGUUGGUUCUUCUGGUUCAGGCAAAUCUACCACUGUCAAGCUUAUUGAGCGUUUCUACGACCCAGUUUCUGGAAACGUAUUCCUUGAUGGCACUAAUCUCAAGGAUCUAAAUGUGGCUUGGCUUCGUCAGCAAAUUGGUAUUGUUUCUCAAGAGCCUACUCUUUUCGACUGCUCGCUCCGUCAAAACAUCAUGUAUGGUUAUUGUGGAGACGCUAGUAGUCUUUCCGCUGAAAAGAUUGACCAAAUGGUCGAGGAGGCGUGCAAAAUGGCGAAUGCAUGGGAAUUUAUUCAGAAACUACCCAAGGGCAUUGAUACAGAUGUCGGCGAAGCAGGAUCUAUGUUAUCUGGUGGACAGAAGCAGCGUAUUGCUAUUGCUCGUGCCAUCAUCAAGAAUCCUCGUAUAUUGCUUUUGGACGAAGCUACAUCGGCUCUCGAUACUGAAUCUGAGCGUGUUGUGCAAGUUGCUCUUGAAAAGGCAUCAAAGAACCGAACUACUGUUGUGAUUGCGCAUCGUUUGUCUACCAUCAGAACUGCAGAUGUAAUUGUCGUCAUGGCCCAAGGAGAAAUUGUUGAAACCGGCACACAUGAUUCAUUGGUCGCCCUUGGAGGCGUGUACCAUGGUUUGGUUCAGGCUCAGACACUUCAUACACGAGAUGGUGGUGAUAUGACUGAGGAAGCCGUUGAUGAAGCCAGAGAUUCUGUUGAUAUUCCGAAAGCCAAAGCCGCGGAGAAUCCUCUCAGCCGACUCGACUCUAGACAUUCUCGUAAAUCUGUUGCCUCUGAUAAAGUGGAUGCAUCUGACGAGGAAUCUGAAAAGAAUGAAAAGGUGGAAAUCUUCCGUAUUCUUCAACUCAAUCGUCCCGAGUGGUGGCUGUUUGCCAUUGGAGGCGUUGGUGCUGCUAUCAAUGGUGUUAUCAUGCCACUGUUCUCGGUUGUAUUUUCUUCUAUUCUAGUGUCUCUGGGAACCCCCAGAGCCAACUUUUGGGCUCUGAUGUUUGUCGUUUUGUCUUUGGUCGCACUUCUUGCUAGUUUCUGCCAGAUUGGUCUAUUCAAGUAUGCUGGACAAAAACUUACCCGUCGUCUUCGUGAUAUAUUAUUCCGUGCUAUGCUUCGCCAAGAGAUUGCCUUUUUUGACCGUGACGAAAACUCUACUGGUAUAUUGACAACUAAGCUUGCAGAGGAUUCCAAUCUUGUGCAGGGUGUAACUGGACCAGUUUUUGGUGCUACUAUUCAAGCGAUUGCAGGAAUUAUUGCUGGUGUGGCCAUUGCAUUUAGUGGUGCAUGGCAGCUUGCGUUGGUUACUCUUGUGUUGGUCCCACUGAUUGGUCUUUCUGGUUAUCUGCAGAUUCAAGCAUUGGUCGGAUACGGUAAAAAAUCCAGAAAGGCAUACGAGGAUGCAGGUCAAACUGCAACUGAGGCUAUCGGAUCUAUUCGCACUGUCGUCAUGUUAACACAAGAAAAGACUUUCUACGAUCGUUUCUUGGAGCAAAUCAAGGUUCCACAUCGCAUGUCAGUACAGGGAGCAUUUGUUGCUGCUUUUGGAUUUGCUUUCUCUCAGGCAAUCAUGUUGUGGGCUUGGAGUUUGUCAUUCUACUACGGAUCUCGUCUUAUUGUUUGGGGAAUGUACGAUUCUCAAACCGUUUUCCGAGUCAUCUUUGCCACCAUCUUUACAGCCAUGUCGGCUGGUCAGAUUACUCAACAUACACCCGAUGCUGCCAAGGCCAAACUUGCUGCUAUAUCGAUUUUCAAACUGCUCGAUCGUGAGUCCAAAAUUAACCACUCUGACCCAUCUGGUGAAUCUCGCACUGUCGUUGAAGGCCAAGCAGCUGCUCGGGAAAUUAAGUUUGCAUACCCAACUCGCCCAAAGGACAAGGUGCUUACUGGUCUCAGUAUGGAUGUGCUCCCUGGUACAACAGUUGCAUUUGUUGGUCGAUCUGGAUGCGGUAAAUCUACUGUUCUUGGACUGCUUGAAAGAUGGUAUGAUGCAGGCUCUGGAUCUGCCAGCUUGGAUGGUCUUGAUGUGCGUGACUGGAACCUCAAGAAUUUGCGAUCCCACAUGGCACUUGUUGGUCAAGAGCCUUCGCUGUUCAACAUGAGCAUUAAAGACAACAUUGGAUAUGGUGCCACGAAGGAAUAUACCGAUUCAGAUGUUAUUAGUGCGGCCAAACUUGCCAACAUUCAUGACUUUAUCAGCCAAUUGCCAAAGGGAUACGAUACGUUUGUUGGAGAAAAGGGAGGAUUGCUAUCGGGAGGUCAAAAGCAGCGUAUUGCCAUUGCACGAGCACUCAUUCGAAACCCAAGAUUGCUAUUGCUUGAUGAAGCCACAUCUGCAUUGGAUAGUGAGUCUGAAAAGGUUGUGCAGGCCGCUCUGGAUGCAGCAGCCAAAGGAAGAACCACUCUUGUCAUUGCACAUAGACUGUCGACGAUUCAAGGAGCUGACAAGAUUAUGGUUGUCAAUGGCGGAAAAAUCGUGGAAUCUGGCACUCACUUUGAGUUGGUCGAUAAACGUGGCGAGUACUUUGAUCUGGUUUCCCAGCAAGUGCUCGCUGUUACCAAGCCCAAGGCCUAAUCUUAUACUUAAUAAUUUGCAAAUCUUGGAUAUUUUUAAAAUACUUUACGCUAAAAUUGUUUUACGGCUGUAUUUCCGUAAAAUGGAACUCUUCUGUAUCUAUCUUGCAGUCACUGCCUCUCAGAAUAAACAAUUAUCAAAAUUAUUUUUAUUUU